UUCACUCAGGAACUCUGUGCUUUCAGCAGUCAGCUGUCAACAGGCUGGGCAUGAAAUGAGGCUCAGACAACGACGCAGUACGUGGAAGUGAUAACAAUACAACGUUUUGUCACUGUCCUGUAAAACUGUUCAUAUCCAUUCAGUGGAUUUUGUAAUCCUGCUUGCUCGAGAGAUGAUGAACUCGGGACACGAUCAUUGAACACUAUGGACAUGUGAGACUCGACAUGAAUGCAGACGCUGAGGCGAUGCUGGAUUGAAUGGCACUGAGGAUACGAGGCUGUGACCCAGCAGGAGCGCUGCGAUGGCCAGCUGCCACAGUAGCCAUGCAGACACUGCCGAAGCUCCUCCUCCCUCAGCCUCACGGCCGCCAGCCAUGCCCAAGCUCCACGUCCAGGGCUCGCUGUCCCGGAAGUCCAUCACCAUCCACUUCUCGCCCCUGGGCGAGGAGGAGAAGGAGGAGGAGCUCUAUGGGGCAGUUGUGUCCUCUCCUCUUCCCCCUGCUGGACCCAUAAAGGACCCCCCAGGCAUUGUGACGGCCCCGGAGGCCAGCGAGGAUCUGAUCCUUGAUGGAGCCGGGUUGGACUCUGAGGCUCAGGCUGCAGUUCUGCCUAUGUUGUCCUCAACUGGUCCUCAAAGCUCCAUCACCUCCACGUUACCCUCUGAACUGAAAAGAUCCUCUCCUUCCCCUGCCACCACCUCCAAAUCCACUUCCUCCAAGUCUAGCGACAAACCUUUCUUCAGCCUGGUCAAGUCUCUAUCCUCUGACAUCAUUGAGCCUUCUGAAAAUGUCUCCAUCUACCCCGCUGCCCCCACUUCCGUGCGCCACUGCCACCCGAUGAAAACCCUGGUCAAGUCACUCUCCUCUGACACCUCCCAGGAAUCCCCCCCUUCCUCCUCCUCCUCGCCCUAUCGCCUCUCGGACUCCCGCCUCAACCUGCACCUCUUCAAGCAGUUCACGCAGUCCCGUGCCCCAGUAGGUGUCGUUGCCGGGGCUGACUCAAAGACCGCCCCCUCCUCGACGCUCACCUCCCCAGACAGCCGCAACUUCUUUAAGGCGUCCGUGGAGGCGAGCAUCGAGGACACUAAGCGCCGUUUCUCCGAGGCCAUCUACGAGCCUCUCCAGCUGUUCAAUAAGAUCAUGGAGGACAAGACUGGAGGCAUUGGCAGCAGUGCCUUUCGGUCCAAAGCGCUCUCAUCCAGUGCUUCGGAGCUCACCUGCCUGGCCUCCCUCAACAACGGCCAACCAGAGAGCAACAACAACUACAGCAUCAAGGAGGAGGAAACCGGGGAUGAGUGGGAGUCUGAGGGAACCGGAAACGGAGCCAGCUCUCCAAAUCCCACCUCUGACACCAGAAGUCCUAAAAUGUCUUCCACCUCUCUCAGCCUGGACAAUUGCUCCAUGUCAGCCCUGGCCAAGCUGGAGGACGAGGACUUCUGUAUCCUCUCUAGUGAGGACUUUGAGGAUAUCGAGGGGGAUUAUGGAGACACAACCGACGAUACAUGUAGCCAAGUCAGACUGCCGCCUAGUGGCAGUCCAGAACUAUGCAGUGACGACAAGUCAGAGGGAGAAGAUCUGCCACCCAGCAUUCCACACUACACCCUGAUCAUCAUCACAGCGCUGGUCUACGGGUACUUCGUGUUGCCCCUGCCCACCUACGUUGGGGGUAUGCUGCUGGGAGUGGGACUAGGGUUCAUGCUAGCUAUCGCUGUGGUGUGGUUGGCCGGACCCAAGCCUUCUGGCAAUCGCACCAGACAUCCCAGACACCAGGGGAAGCUGAGGAACAUGGCCCAGCUGGGCAUCAAAGAGCCAAGCAUCUUCAAGGGCUGGAUGAACGAGAUAGUGAACUAUGACCCGGAGACAUACCACGCCACUCUGACCCACUCUGUGUAUGUGAGACUGGAGGGCUCUAUCCUGCGCCUGUCCACACCCAACCACAACAUCGCCCGGCGGGCCACCCAUAACGAACCCAAGCCCGACGUCACCUAUAUCAGCCAGAAGAUCUACGACCUCACUGACAGCAAGAUCUAUCUGGUGCCCCAGAGUCUGGCCAGGAAGCGCGUGUGGAACAAGAAGUACCCUAUCCGCAUCGAGCUGGCCAAGCAGGACGACUUCAUGUCCAAGGCAGAGGGGGACCACAGCGAAACCACACACGAGAGAACCACGGCCACAGGAGAGGCGACCGUGGGGACGGAGGAGGCCAAAAGGUCCGUUGGUCCUGAACUGACCCUGUACCUGUUUGGUCGGACGGGGAGGGAGAAGGAGGAGUGGCACCGGAGGAUCCUGUUGGCCUCCAAGCCCCCCAAGACAGGGAUGAAGAGAGUCACUGGUCUGCAGGGGAGUAAGGCUGCCUUGAGCUCCCACAGCCGCAGCAGCAGCCGGAGCAGUCUGGACGAGGUGCUAGCGUCUCAGCCAAGGACCAGGGACUCAACAGCAGGCAUAGCAGCCAAGUCCCUACUGGACUACAGUGUCUACAUGGCCACCCUGGUGCCCCCCGAGACUGGCACUGCCACUGCCACGCCCAUCGCUGCCACUAGUCCCGUAGUCCAGAGUCCACAGAGUAGCCCUGGGUCGGGCAAGAAGUUGCAGAGCAGCAGCAGCUUUGACCCUGUCGUUUUGCUGGGGGAGGAGGAGCCUGUUGCCUGGGUGAACUCUGUGAUUGGCCGGGUGGCAUGGGACUUCCUGGGCGAGCCCUACUGGGCUGACGUGGUCUCCAAGAAGAUCCAGAUGAAACUCAGCAAGAUCCGGCUCCCCUACUUCAUGAACGAGCUGACCCUGACAGAGCUGGACAUGGGCGUGGCCACUCCCAGAAUCCUUGGCGCCUCCAAACCCUCAGUUGACCAUCAAGGCCUAUGGUUUGACUUGGAGAUUUCGUACAGCGGCUCCUUCCUGAUGACCCUGGAGACCAAGAUGAACCUGAUCAGACUGGGGAAGGACGGCGACUGUAUGCGCUUCAGAGACAUCAGCAAGGAUGGGUACAGACCACGGACGUACUGCCUAGCUGACAGUGAUGAGGAGUCAUCCAGUGCUGGGUCCUCAGACGAAGAGGAUACUUCAGAGGUCACCAAUGACGUCCCUGGAGCAGAGGGACACAUGGGGGGCCGCCAGCCCAGUAAGAUCAUGCGCUUCGUGGACAAGAUCGCCAAGUCCAAGUACUUCCAGAAGGCCACCGAGACGGAGUUCAUCAAGAAGAAGAUGGAGGAGGUGUCCAACACGCCCCUGCUGCUCACCGUGGAGGUUCAGGAGCUCAGGGGCACGCUGGCCGUCAACAUCCCACCCCCGCCCACUGACAGGAUAUGGUAUGGUUUCAGGGGUCCACCCCACUUGGAGCUGAAGGCUCGGCCCAAACUGGGAGAGAGAGAGGUCACACUGGCCCACGUAACUGACUGGAUCGAGAAGAAGCUGGACCAGGAGUUUCAGAAAAUCUUUGUCAUGCCAAACAUGGAUGACCUGUGGCUGACCAUCAUGCACUCUGCCAUGGACCCCCGCUCUUUUGGAACGCCCUCCACCUCCACCGCCGAUACGACCCAGAGGGAAACGGAGCCUUCCGAAACAGAGGGGGGCGCCACUAACGGCAUAUGAAGGAUUGUUUACAGUAUUUGCCUGAAACGUGUGAAUUAGAAUGGGAGCCAGGGGGCUUUGAAGUAGUAUAAGGCCUAUUGGUGCAUAAGGACAUACAAAAAGACUUCUGUUACCACAUUGACAUUCCAAUAGCUCCAUACCCAAGGGUCUUUUUUGUCACUGGCAGAACAGGAUGACCUCAGUCAUCAGAUGAACUUUGACUUUUUAACAAGCUCACUGACCGAACGAGACAGAAGUCAGUCAACCAACCAGGAAGGAGAAACACUAAAAAUAAAAACUCACUUUCUGCUCUGUUUUUUAAUCUGUAGGAUGAACAGACUUAGAAAAGUAGAUUUUUCUCAGAAUGGCACAAAUGUAACAGUGAUACAACCUAGUGGUAUAGGUGGAGCGGUGUGGAGAGUUUCUGUGAGUUAUAAGGUUACACAGUGUCCUAUGAACACAUGGUUAUUUCGCAUUCACCGUUCACCUUACGUCCUAGGUAGGAAACAACUUAUGUUUGGGGACGCAAAUCAAGAGGGAGAAUGAAGUGAAAAGAAAUGGUUGAAUUAGACGCGCAACCUCUAGAUUAUACUUUUGUUAUUGUACGGGUAUGUCUGCAAUGAUAUGAUAUAAGACAUCUAAUGCCCCCUAUGCUUUGUCCAGGUGAACACUAACAGUGUAUUCACUUGUGUUGUGACCCCACAUCGCUUACUGCUCGGGGUAGAAGUUCCCCUUUACCACAGGUCUAGAAUCAGAUUACCCCAAAUCCUAACCAUUUUGUGGAUGAGAAAAUGUCUGAGCCUAUAGCAGUGGUAAGGGGUAAGGUUCUACCUACAGUAUUCCCCUCUUAACUGUACACCAUACCUCUCUAUAUGCAAAUGAUCACUGUGUCCAUAUCUGUAUGGAAGCAGCUAUAUGAAGCCCCUCCCCUCAAUUUUCUCUGGAAGCCAAUGCUAUAGGGUUAGCCGUCAUUACCUAGGCAACACGUGUCUUUAAUUCACUAAUGCCUAUGCAAGUUCCUUGCUAACUAAGGACAUGGACAUGAGGUGAGCAAUGAGAAAAUAGUGUAUAUAUAUAUAUAUAAUCUUGUAAAGAUAUGUAUUUCUGAAAAGGUGUACAUAAUGGGCCUAACACUUUUGUUGAAUGUAUGUAUGGCUAUAUUGACAUUGGACUGUUUUAUUGUUUGUUGUAUGGAAACUAUUCCUAACCAAUCACAUGGAUUAUGUUGAUUGGGGUAUGCCAAGUAUUGCACAACUAAAACAGAAGUUUUGAUUGAUGUUUUCCUUGUAAACACUAUUAAUGAAAUACUAUCUACAGACAUGUAUUGCAUAUUUGCAGUGCUAUUGUGUUAUGCUCUCUAGCAUGUACAAUACCCGUGGCACAUGUUGAGACCAUUCCUGUUGAACUCGGAACAACAGGUUUUCAUGUUUUUUUUCUUCAAAUGAUGUAGGAAGUGUUAUGCAUUUUUUAAAUGUUGUUUUAUGUAUUUUCAAAUGGCCAUCAUCCACAGUUGCCAAUGCAUGGAAAUGAGCCACCUUGCCAGACGUGCUAAAUGACACUUGGUAGAGUUAAACUAUAUGAUGUACUGUGCCCUUUGCCAAAACCAUCAUUAAUAUUCAAAUAAACUGUUAACUCAAACCAUAAUUGCAGUCUCAAAUCAUCACUAUUGAAGUCUGAAUCACCUCCUAUACUCUACUGUUAUGUUUUCUUCAUUUUGAGGUAACGUUUUAAAUGCACAGUUUUAGCAUUGGAUUUGUUUACAUGAAUUCCUAUUUGUGUUUCCAUUCGUUCCAUUUAUUUGUCAGGACACAAAAGCACUGUUGUAGAAUGUCAUUGAUGAAGGAAUAUCGUUUUUUAACUUUCCUUCUACUUCUAAUUUGGUUUCUUGUUUAAUUUUCGUUUUAGCGAUUAUUCAGUUAGUAAUAUUAUUAUUGGAACCCUUGAUAAAGAUGAGGCAAAAAUACUAAAAUAAAUGAUACAAAUACGGUGCUAUAUUGCAUGAAAUUUUAUGUUGAAAAUGUGAUUUAUUGUAUAUUAACACAAUUGCCCAGAGAAAGAGAUUUAGUUUCAAAAGUAAUAAGACAAUUCUCAAAAAGAUAGGUGUCAAAGUUAUUGGCACCCCUGUUUUCAGUACUCCAGCACCGUUCCUUUGUGAGGAUAACGACACUGAGCCUUUAAAGAAAAAGAUUAGAGAACACAGUGGGAGGGAUCUUGGACCGUUCAUCCAUACAGAAUCUUUCCAGAUCCUUGUUAAGGGGAUGGUGCUAAGACUAUUGAAAACAGGGGUGCCAAUCAUUUUGACCCCUCUUUUUUUAUUAUUUAUAUGUUUUAUUUUUUAUUGUUUAGCAAAAUCUCGUUCUCUGAGCAAUUGUAUUAGUAUAAAAUAAUAGAAUUCCCCAGUUUUUUGGAGUGUACAAAAUAGCUCAGUAUUUGUAUUUAUUUUAUACAGUAUUUUUGCUCAUCUUUAUCAAGGGUGCCAAUAAUUAUGGACCUGAAUGUAGGUCUAGUACCAGGUUGGAAUUAGAAUGUUUUGUAACGCUUUGUCUGCUUUCCUGAAAUACAAUGACAGAAUGAUGAUAUGAAUAGCACAUCAGAUUUAUAACAAUAGAGAGUUGAUGAUUCUGCAAAUAGAUGGCUUAUUUCGAUUUUUAAGGACAAAUUUGUUGAGCCUCAUCCAUGUCUACUGCUUGGCUGAAACUUGGUCUCUUAGUUGGUUGAGACCAAGUUUCCCUAAAGGGAGUGCUUUAAAAUAAUGCCUUUUUAUUUGUACAUGUUGAUUUAGCAGGCCUUGUUAUUUUCUGUUAUCGAUUUUGUAUGACUGAAUUGCAAUGGUAUUGUGGUACAAAUGAUGAAAAAGAUCAACUUGCUUUGUAAUUAUUUGCUCUUGAUUGAAAUAAAGAUUUUUUUUUUAUAAACCAA